AGCCCUGUCAAAGAAGAAAAAACUACGAGAAACGCACAAAGGUCCGGAGCAGUCGCUGGACUUGUUGGGUGCGAUGUUCUGGCGGGAAGAGCAAGGGGGAACGGCUACCGCACGACUCGCGUCGCUUGCACUCCGAGCAGUCAGUUUCUCACCCGCGCUCGUUGUGAACGCACGCGCGCUCUGCUCAGUGAACGAAACGUGUAUCCAAUUUAAACUUGUGACAAAACUUAGUGCACGGACGUCAGUCUUAAGUGGAUCUCAGUGCAGUGUCAGUGACGUUCCAUUAUGAAUGUGUGCUUUAUGUGCUGAAACUAAUUAUCGUGAGUUUCUGGAAACUUAAGCCGAUGGUCCUCUUGAAUAGUAACAUGAAAAUAAAUGGUUCGAGAUAAUUAGUUCAGAAUGACCAUAGACAGAGCUGGAAGACCGCCUGCGCCGCGGCGGGCCUCCUCAACCUAUAGAAGCUACGAUGAACUCGGGAUCAUAGACAGAGGAAGACCGCUUCGGUACCGCCACGGUGGCAUAGAAGACCUCACAGGCUUGGAGUCCAGAACCUACAGAACAUACAACGCACAGGACUUCGACGACAUCACUGUAAUCAGCUCCGAAGAGGUCCCAAAACCUAAAAGGAAAACUAUGGAAGGUUUCGCAAACGGUUUCAGAAGAACGUUUUCCGUGCGAAGCAGAAGAGAGGAACCUGAAGGGAUUCCAAUGGACACAUUUAAUACUCAUGAGGAUAAUUUUGCAACAGUCAGAGGAGCGCCUUUCGGUAGGCGUCGCUCCUUGUCACGUGAUAGAGGAAGCUCUUUACUUGCCAGGAGUUCUUCGGAAGGGGAUGUCAGGCCAGUGUCUGCUCGGGCGCCAGCGCCGGCGCCCCGUCUCCACCGCUGUCUCCGCGCCCUCGGCGGUAGCUGGAAGAACCUUUUACUACUGGGCGGAAUGUCCCGCGGCGGCGCCGCCGCCGGCAAGACGGCCACGGCGAAGCGCGUCCCGCCGCCCGCCGUGCCCGGCGACGCGUUCAGCCCGCAGCACCGACAUUCAGGAUCCUCGUUCGGCUCGCAGGGCUACGCGUCGUGCGAGGAGCAGCCCUACCCGCAGCCGCCUGACACGCCGUCCCACACACGAGAUGACCACUCCGACUACGGUAGCACCGUAUCCGGUGUCUCCGGCGUCUCGGGCGCCAGUGGGAGCCUGGGCAAGAGCCCCGCAGGCGGGGGCACGUUCACGUUCCCACCGCCGUCGCAGCCCCUCACGCAUAAGGCGGCGGUGUACUACCACCAUCAGCUCGCGCUCAGUGAUGAUCAGGGGAUCGACAUGACGCAGAGCCCCGGCCGCGACAGCCCAGGUUCUUCCUCAGGCUCGGCCGGCUCCGGAUCCAGGCACUCUUCAGCAUCACUGGACAGCGGACGCGCGUCAGGUCGCAUGCCACACCACCACCACGCGGCUUGCCAUUGUGGAGACACUGCUGACAGAGUUAGGGCUAUGAUUGCUCAGGGGCUACCUGACCCUGACAUUAUCCACGCAUGGCUAGCAGACCUCCAGAUGGAAGAAUACGCGCGUCUCUUCAUCGAAGCCGGCUACGACCUGCCCACGGUCACACGGAUGACCCCUGAGGACCUCACGGCGGUGGGAAUCAAGAAGCCUAAUCAUAGGAAGCGGUUAAAGGCAGAGCUCGCUAAUCUGAAUGUGCCGGACAACCUUCCUGAUUAUAUACCGGGUUCAUUAGAAGAAUGGCUGCGACUGCUAAGGCUGGAGGAGUACGGGCCAGCGCUCGUGGCGCAGGGGUAUCGUACCGUCCAUGACGUCACACAACUUGCUUGGGAGGAUUUAGAAGACAUGGGCAUAGUUCGUCUCGGACACCAAAAGAAAAUCCUCCUGGCCAUCAAAAGAGUAAAAGAUAUUAGAGCGGGAAAAAGAAGCAUCAGCACCCAAGGGUCCUUGGACUUCACUAGAAUACAGCCCGGACAGGAUUUAUAUCCGAGGGAGCUGCAUUACCAGCCUUGGCAGACACAUGAGAGGAGUUACCAUAAACCUCCCGAUCUUACCUUUGACGCCCUACCGACGCCCCUAUGUGGCACUGAUUUGGUCCCCAUUCAGAUCCGUCACCCGCGCGGCAAAUCUCUAGAGAGCCUCGAAGACCCAUCGGAGCGGUCCUCGCACACGACCUUCUCGCCGGAGGGCUUCUACUACGGCGCGGGGCAGUGGCGCCGCUCCUACGACGACGGCGACAUCACUCCCACCAACGACAGCUACGAGGGCGGCGGCACUCUACCGCGCCCGAGAGGACUCGUCCGGCCGCGGCCCGUCGCUAAGAUCGCAGCCACACCGGCGUACAGAGAAAAAUCCCCCGACUACACUUACGACGAGAUCGCGUACUCCGCGCGGUUACAGCGCGUAGCGUACGGCGCGAGUCCGCACGUGGCCCGGAAACCUCCCCCCGACCCGCCCAAACGCCAGUCCUCCCAAUACGCCCCGUUCUCCCGCUUCGGGCAGACGACGGUGGAGAUCCACCCGGAGAAGAGUCUGCCGCUGAGCCUGCCGGCGUACCCGAGCUCGGACUCGCUGUCGGUGUCGCUGGACAGCACGGGGCUGCUGCCGCCGCCGCCCGCGCCCGCCAGCCCGCCGCGCCGCUACGACGACGACAAGAUCCGGACCGGCUCCGACGCUAGCUUUAAGUCAAGUUCGAGUACAGAAUCGGAUAGCAUUCCAUUCGCGAACGAGAACGCGGGAACGAUAAAGCAGAACCGCGGCCAAAUCGCCGGCCGGCCGCACACGGUCGACUACGGCCGAACGGGCAUCGGGCUUGCCAACCUCCCGCCACGAAACCCAGACAUCAAGCCGACAACCCCACACACCCUCCCAGAAAAAGAUGAGGGAAAAAGCACAGAGCCCGUAGACGUACUGAACGAUAUUGGAAACAUGUUGGCCAACCUCACGGACGAACUAGACGCGAUGCUGGAAGAAGAGAAACGUCAAGGUCUCACUGACUCGUAAAAAAACGCGGAAUAGAGAUGUGUCUAGAAACCGGUAAAUUGUUUUUGCAUUUACUAAAAAUAAAAAAAUCUUUAUUGGGUUUCUAGAUUUUCUUUAUUCGAAACAUUU